AUGUCUGCUAUGACAGGCCCAAGAUCGCCUACUUCGCCGUGGCCUCAAGAGUCCCCAAGCCUCCAGCUUCCUCCCGCAACACCCUUCUUCUCCUUGUGCGACAAUCGCCCAUCUCCGUUUAAUCCCAAUGUCGGUUCCCAGAAUGCGUCGGACUGCUCGGGCCCCAGCUACUUCGCCCUCGGCGUCGACCACUCGAACAAUACGAGAAACUCUCGGGAUCCGCUGCCCUCUGGUCAGGCGUCAGUAUCCAGUCCGAAACCUCAGAUUCUAUCACAGAGAAAUGUGCUCGAGAGUUACAUGAGCCCUACGAACAAAGGACCGGUAGUCGGGGAACGCGGAGGCUUUCCUCUUUAUACACUGACCGUGGGCAACAACGUCGAAAAUAAGAGCCCAACUUCUGAUCUUCGCAAAGCCACGGCGUCAUCAACAGCACAGGCGAGUAGUCUGUUUGUCUCACCAGAGCGCUUCGCAGAGCUUCUUCAAUCACCUCAGUACGGACUUUUGACAUUCGAUGUUCGACCGUAUACUCACUUCGCCAAGGCGCAUGUCAAGGAUGCGCUGAAUCUCUGUAUCCCCACGACUCUUCUCAAGCGACCCUCGUUCAAUACGCAAAAGUUGGCCAACACAUUCACCAAUGACGGUGACAAGGCGAAGUUUGCCCAAUGGCACUCUUGUGAAUUUAUCAUCGUUUACGAUGCAACGACAUCUGAAAUGAAGGAUGCCGCCCCUUUGGCCAACGUUCUAAGGAAAUUCUCCAUCGAAGGCUGGGGUGGGAAGGGGCUGAUCUUGCGUGGAGGGCUCAACGAAUUCUCCCGCAAAUUCCCUUCUCUCGUCCAGCAGCAGCAGACAUCACCAUCCGGUGUCAAAAAACCUUUCUUGCCCAAGUUGGAUCUUCCGUCAGCUGCGCCUGUCGCCGGUGGGUGUGCUUUACCAGAUGCAUCCCACCCAGCGAUACCUUUCUUUGGCAAUAUCCGGCAACAUAUGGACCUCCUGGGUGGGGUAGGACAGAUCCCCCUCCAGCUUCCAAACAACUUGACAGAAUCCAGGAAGCACGCAUUGCCUCUGUGGUUACGCAGGGCCGCUGAUGAUAGAGACAAAGGACGCAACGUCUCUGAGAAAUUCUUAGAGCUCGAGAAGAAUGAACUAGAGCGCAUGAAACAGGCACUGUCGUACGAGAAGUCGGCAGAUGCCUCGUUAGUUGGAGCCUCGGGAAAGUUCCGCGUUGCAGGCAUUGAAAAGGGCUCCAAAAACCGAUACAACGACAUCUACCCGUUCGACCACUCUCGAGUCAAGCUGCAGGAUGUAUCCCCCAAUGGCUGUGACUACGUGAAUGCCAGUUUCUUGAAGGCGGAGUACAGUGAUAAGCGUUAUAUAGCCACCCAGGCACCGGUGCCGGACACGUUUACCGACUUUUGGCGUGUCGUUUGGGAGCAGGAUGUGAGGCUUAUCGUUUCCCUCACUGCAGAAGUAGAAAGAGGCCAGACCAAGUGUCACCCAUACUGGGUUUCCGGGAACUAUGGCCCUUUUCAGGUCAACAAUUUCUCUCAGAAAUACAUCUAUCUGAAUUCUCCUGGCAUGCAGCAGGUGGAUUCUGGACCAGACCCAUCCUUGGCAGCAACCAAUGAGGACUCCAGCAACCCCUGCAUCAUAGUGAGACACUUUGGCCUAUCACAUUCGGCUUUCCCUUUCCAGCCGUUGCGUGAGGUGAUGCAACUCCAAUAUCCAUACUGGCCUGAUUUCGGAACGACAUCGCAGCCCUCUCAUCUGGUCCGACUGGUCGAGCAGUGCGAUAGGAUGAGGAAUGUAACGGCCACAACGCCCUGCGGCGACUGUGGCUCAAGACCUGAAAUGCAGAGGCCAGUCUUGGUACAUUGCAGUGCAGGCUGUGGACGCACUGGUACCUUCUGUACCGUGGACAGUGUGAUGGACAUGCUGGGCCGGCAACGUACUAGGAAGGUGGCGUGUCCGAGGUGUGCUUCCAGUGGUGAAACCUGCCACGACGGAUGGAUGCAGGAUGAAAACUCCGACCUUAUUGCGAAGACCGUCUCCGAUUUCCGCACGCAGCGCCCCAGCAUGGUUCAGAACUUGAGCCAAUUCGUACUAUGUUAUGAGAGUGUCUUGGAAUGGAUCACCUCUCAAAUGCGGGGAGAGACUGACUCGCACCGAUGA